GAAGAAACAGAUUGAAAAUAAACAAAUAUAAAAAAAUAAGGAGUACAAAACUAAAUGGCAAAUAUUACAAUAGAAAAAACAAAAUAUGAAUGUGCUCCAGUCUCAAAACGUUGCCAGAGAGAUGAUGUUUUACGUAAAACAGGUCUGACUGUUGGAAAGGUAGAUUUAUAUUAUGGAAGAGGUGUCCGUAAUGAUGGAUCUCUUGUACCCCCGAUUAGACAAACUGCCAGUAUUUUUAAACAACCCGUAACUGUCUAUAAACUACAAGAGAGUAAAGUAAAAAAUGAUUAUAAAAACGGGAAUCAAGAGAAACCAAAGCAACUAAUUUGGGAGAAAAGACUGGAAGGUUUAAGGGCUUGUGAUAUGGAUGGUUUUGAGUUCGAAGCUAUGGAACUGCCAAAAGGUUUAAAACCAGUUGGACCUAAUGUAACUGAAGACACCAUUAUCCAGAGUGUUGCUACAGCACUCCAUGUUUCUUCUCAACCUGUAACAGGUCAGACAAGUACAAAAACACUGCUUGAAAAAAAUCCAGGAGUAUUUCUCGAUCCCAAACAACCAUUAGUACAUGCUGUUAAUAUAUCAGAGGAUGAUAUCAAACGGCAAGAGGAGAGAGUUGCAUUAGCGAGGAAGAAAUUACAAGAGGCGCUAAAGGGCAACCUAUAAGAUUUAAGUAUUUUAAGUAAUUUUUUAUAUGUACAGUUCAUAAUUGUAUUGUAAGCUAUAUAUUAAAUCGUUCCAAUUCUGUAAAUUAUAACAAAUUAGUAAAUAAAAUAAGUUUCUUCAGUUAUAUACAAAAAUGAUACUUUUUAAUAAUAUGAAUGUCAAAGACUGUAUAUGUGCGAACAUUUUAUACUAAAUUUAUUUAUUUGCAUUAUAAAAUUAUUUGUAAAAAGAACUUUAUUC